AUGACAGAUGAGAUGACUGACUAUGCACAAGAUUCUGAUAAUUAUACACCAAACAAGGAUUACAAUUUCGAAAGUACUGGUCAGAAUAAUAUUGAUGAGACAGUAUAUGAUUCUGAUACUUUAACACCUGCAGUUAAUACAUUGCCACUAUCAAAAAAAAGUUAG